AUUAGUCUCAUCUCUCAUUUCCCAAGUUUCAAUGUCUCAUAGUCUCGGAGCACAGAGUAACGAUCCGCGGACAGUAUUUAGUGUUUAGUACAUUAGUAGUCGUUAGUUGCACUAAAGUUUAAAAGGAUAAUACUAGACAAGUCACUCGUCUUAAAAGUCGUUAUCCUUAUAUCUUUGGUAUUCGUUAGUCAACAUUGUAAUUCGUGCUUUCGUAGCCGGUAGAUAAUAAUAAUAAUUAUAUAGUAAUUACUUAAAAUAUCAGUUGAUUCAUCGCAUCAUAGGUGUUUACACUCGCACAGCUCUUGGAGGAAUUUUACGAAUUUAACGGCAAUUAUUUUUCGAACAUCAACAUGCCUGAAUUUGUUGGAAACUUCGAUCAAACGGAAUUUGAACGGUCGUCGUUCAAUUAUGCAGACAUGUCGUCGGUGUUCCACCUGAAGGAUGUCAACUACACCAGACAAUUUGCACACAUUUACGCCCACAGACUGGUGCAGAUGAGAGACAUUCUUCAAGUGAAAAUACAACAAAAAUGGGGCGAAGGGUAUGAUAUUUAUAAAUUAUCUGAGUUGCAUGAUAAAAUCGGCAAAGAAUGUAUUAUAGUUGGCACACUAUUUAAACAUCAAGAACUAAAACCUAGUAUUUUGAAGGAAAUUAGCGAAGAAAACAAUUUGAUACCUCAACCACCUAGAACUCAUUUUGUUUCCGAUACAGAUGAAGUUAUAUUAGAAGAUGAAUUACAAAGAGUGCCUUUAUCAUUUGAUGGUUUGAAUGGCAAUAGUUUAUCCUUAAAUAAUAUUAUGACUGGAUGUAUUAUAGCAGUAAAAGGUAUUCCUCAAGAUGGCGGUAAAUUUGACGUACUGGAUUUUUGUUGGCCUACACCAUCAGCUGCAUCUAAAGCACUCACUACUCGUAGUUCGGGAGAUGAUAGGUUUCUUGUUUUAAUAAGUGGUUUAGAAUUAGCCACUAAUGUUGCUACUCAUUUUCAAGUACAGUUAUUCGUGGAUUGGAUAAACGGUUUAUUGGGUGAUAAAAGAGAAAAUAGUAAAGUCUCAAAAAUUGUACAAGUUUUAAUAGCUGGAAAUAGUAUACGUAGUUCUCCAAUGAAAAAGCCAAAUUACCGUGACAAGAUAGAUGAUUUUCCUAGAGACAUUCAAGCAAUUAAACAGUUAGAUGACCUAUUAUUCCAAUUAGCUUCAACUGUCGAUGUCCAAAUUAUGCCUGGAGAAUUUGACCCUACUGAUAGAACAUUACCUCAACAAGCAUUCCACAGAUGUUUAUUUCCCAAAGCUUCUGAAUAUUCAAGUUUACACAGAGUAACAAAUCCAAAUCAGUUUGAAAUUGAAGGCCAUCUCAUAAUUGGAUCAUCUGGACAAACUGUACAAGACGUUUUUAGAUUCACUAACCUAGAGGAUCCAAUUGAUAUUAUGGAUAGAAUAUUAGAUUGGGGGCAUCAAAUACCAUCUGCACCAGAUACGAUUCCAUGUUAUCCAUUCGAAGGACAAGAUCCAUUUAUAAUAAAAGAAAUGCCAGAUGUGUUUUUUGUAUCAAAUCAACAGUCAUUUCAGACAUCACUAAAAACAAAUGGCAGUGGCAAACCUACGAGGCUUAUAAGUGUGCCGUCUUUUUCAUCAACACAAACUUGUAUUUUACUGAACCUCAAUAAUUUAGAAUGUCAUCCAGUAUCGUUUAAGACAUUCGCUCCUUAAUACUAAUGUCAUAUUUUUAAUAAGUUUAACUAGUUUCAUUUAAGUAAUUCGCUCAUAAAUACUGUUCAAUUUUAUCUAUAUUGUGUAAAAGAAAAAUAAAUGCUCUACAAUAUA